GACCCGUAUGACGUCACGUCAAAGGAUGGUUGACGUUUAAAUGGUAACGUUUCCGGCUAGGAAAAUGUCAAAGGACCAUUCAAUGUGUGUCAGAGGUAUGGCUUCCUUCAAGUUGUGUGUCAUCUUUGCAGUUCGUUUUAUAACAUCUCAUGCAUUUGCAAGCCCAACAUUGUACAUGGCUGCUGAACGGAGAUAUGCAAAGGUGAACCAAGCAUACAAUUUCAAGUGUGCCAUAUACAGCAUUAAGUCUGACAUGGAAUACGGUGACCUCAGUUUCUUACGUCGAAGCGGAGGACAUAUUGAGACCAUGGCGACUAUAAAGCAGGGGACAAGGUGGUGUUACAUCUCGAAUCAGAAAGACCCCGAUAAGUAUAUCCCGCGCUGUGGUGAAGGAACAAUCGAUAUGUCGAGCAGAAACAAGUUCUAUACCCUGGAUCUUAUUUCUCUCUCCUCUGAGGAUUUUACCACCUGGUGGUGUUCGUUCUACCUCCGCCCCAAAGGAAUUUACAUGGACAGCGACAAGAUUAAUGUGAGGGAACUACGGCUAUUGAUCGACAUAUCUGCUGUUCCCUCCACUGCUCUACCGAAACAGAAAGUGAAGCUUAUGUGCCAGGUACAUCAAGCAAACGACUUGAUUGCUGAGGUCAUCUUCGUGAAGGUCAAUGGUAAAAAAGACGUCACCGUCGGCAGCGUCAUGCAAUACUCCCAGCGGUGCGGCGACGUGCACGGUACACGCGGCUAUCUGCCAUCUUGUGGGCGUGGCUCGAACACCAAGGACUCGACCACCAAGGUCUACACGCUCCAGAUAGAGAUUGUGAAAGAAGAAGACUUCACCGACUGGUGGUGCCAAACCAAAGAGGUAGCAGAGGACCACAAAAUAUUCACUUUGAAACGAACCGCAACAGGCCUAGGAAUACGCAUGUAUUCUCGACCUAGGCGGGCAUAUUCAAGAGUGUACCAAGAGUACUGGUUCAGAUGCGACCUAAACAAGGCUAAUAUGGUGUACGGUGACGUCAGUUUCGUACGUCAAACCGGAAAUACUGUUUCAACCAUUGGAACUAUAGAUCAAGGUCAGUGGGGGUGUAAUGUCGUGUACUCGAAGCAUGAAUACCGAUAUUCCCCGGAAUGUGGCAGUGGCACAUACCAGUCAUCGACAGACCUGAAGCAGUACACGCUGCACAUCGGGAGUCUUGACUCUGAGGAUUUUAGCGUCUGGUGGUGCACGUUCUCCCCCCGCCCAAAAGGAAUUGACAUACACAGCAACAAAAUUAAAAUCAUAGAACAAGCGAUGUUGCUGGAACUGACUGCUGAUCCCAACACUGCCAUACUGAAAGAGAAAGUCAAGCUAGUCUGCACUGUGAAUAAUGCGAACGGCUUAUUCGCUGAGGUCAUGUUCGUGAAGGUCAGUGGUCAGACUGACGUCACCGUCGGCAGCGUUACCCAAUACAUCGACAAUUGCGGCGACGUGCAUGGUACACGUGGCUAUCGGCCAUCUUGUGGGCGCUUCACGACCGCCAAGGUAUCGGAGGUGAAGUUCUACACGCUCGAGAUAGAGAGCGUCAAGGAUGAUGACUUUACAGACUGGUGGUGUCAAACCAAAGUUGUUGGAGCGGACCACGACAUUUUCACUCUGAAACGAACCGAAAGGACAAGCUUUAGGGCUUCCUCGGGAUCACGUGCUAAUCAACUAGGGAUGGGACUGUUCGGAUUUUUAAUUUUCGGUUCCAAUUUCGGUUUUUGGUCAUUAUAUUUUGGUAAUUAUCAUACAUACAUUUUAUAAACUAUUUUUUAAGAGCAAGACAUUUUAUUUUUAAUGGCCAUUUGUAAAAUAAUUGUAAAUAUACAAUUAUAUCUGGAUUAGAAAACAAAAAUUGCAUUUUUACCAUGCCAUGUUAGCGUGUUGGGUCUGGGAUACUUGGGCAAUGUGCCAGCCAGGUCCGUGAAUAGUCUCUCCCGUAU